CUCCGUCCUGCAGAUCUAUCCCGGACAGAACACAUUUUGGAUAACCUUUUAUAUUAUGGGGAUUUAUUGCGCUUCGACGAUUAAAAGAUUGGAUCAACACUGAAAGAACAUCUGCGUUACGCGCGAGUUAAUCCCGUAACCGUUUUACGCGUGAAGUGAUCCUCACCUGCGGGAGGAUGAAGGUGACUCUCGGCUCUCUGGUGAUCACAGCCGGGAUCUGCGGACUGCUGAGCUUCGCUUUCCUGGCCACUUCCCUCGGAACGCAGUACUGGUACAUCAUAGAGAUGAAUCCCAUGAAUGUGAGUGACUUUGAGGACAUGAGCUCCCACUCGGGACUGUGGAGCAUCAACGAAGGUGAGAAGAACGUAGACUCCAUUGACUCUUUCACAGCUGACGAGUCCAGAUACUCUGAGACUGAGCUGCACAUGCUGAGUAUGCACAGUGCCAUCGUGGUGGUGCUCCCCAUCAGCCUGGUGCUGCUGCUGUUCGGUGCGAUCUGUGGGCUGGUCAGCUCUCUAGCCCGGAGCCCCCUCCUCCUCACCGGCACCGCCGCCUACUUCUUCAUCUGCAGUCUGAUGACCCUGUGUGGAGUGAGCCUCUACAUGAUCUACUCCUACCAGGCUCUGGCGGAGACGGAGAGGCUGGUGGGGGCGGAGGGUCUGGCCCACAUCCACACCUCCUUCGGCUGGUCUCUGGGUCUGGCCUGGCUCUCCUACGGCCUGGAGCUGCUCACCGGGGUCCUGCUGCUGCUGGCUGCCAGGAGGGCCAAGCAGCAGUGCAGGAGUCCCAGAGCCUGACUCUAACUCCAGAGGAUCCAACACCUCCAGGAGGGAAACUGGACUGAUGGGUUACUGACAUGUGGCUCUUAAGGUUAUUAACAAGAAGCUUUAAAGGAACACUAAUGUUCAACUGAAGAGGUGUCUGACUGUUAAAGAGAGUAUUUUAUAAGGUUAAUGUCCUCAAAUCUGCUUUAAAUGUGAUAAAUGGCGCCCUCUUGUGGUCUGAUUUUAAGAAGUCUAAAGAUAACUGUACAGGAGUAGAGAAAACGUUUCAAAUAAACAACAAACGUAUACAAUUCAACAGUAAAAAGAUGCACAUCUAUGGAGUAACUAUAGUCAACAAUAUAACAAGAAAUAAGUUAUAAUACACUUGUUUCCAUGCUUAUUGUCACACAUUCAAUCUGUGCCAAAUUAAACUGAGGAUCUCAGAGUCUACGUUUCUACACACA